CCAAAUAUGCAGACGACAAAGCGGACAUCAAAACCGUUUUCCUGACGUGAAUUUGACAUUUCUUCGCUGGCCAUGGAUAUAGAAAUGAUCACAGGGUGGUAGCGGCCCCUUAGGAGGGAUCUCUUGUAGGUGGGUUUCCCUCAUGAGUACCUUGGGCCUACCCCUCCACCACGCCAGCAGCCAUGACCUCGUAUCGCAGGAAGGUUGAGGUGUUGGUGGUGGUUUUGCUGACGCUGAUUCCUAGACCAGGCCCCAUCGAACCCAGACCGCCAUGUACCAGGGAUAAAGCGGCUCUCGUAAGGAAGUUAGUUAACAAGCGAUGGAUGCCAGUCCUGGAGAAGUAUGGAGUGACGCUCCCUCUGGAAUGCCCUCUCCACGCUGCUAGGGACGUCUUCUCUAAGCAGGAGGCGGCCAAGAUCCACACCCCGCCCCAGUGGACUUGUGGCUUUUGCGGGAAGGCGUUUUAUCAUGAAGCCCAUCUAGAUAAACACCUCGAUAACAGGCACGAAGAACAUCUCAAUAAUGGGGAAGACUCUGUUUGUCUGGCCGAUUUCUGCGAUGUGAUGCGAUGCGAGGUUCUCCUUGAACGUCUACGUGAUUUCGACGACGCUCCUCCAACGGCCACAGCGCUCGACCUCUGGCAUCAACCACUUCUACUGUCUUCCUCAGCCAUCCACCAGUCCCAGCCUCAUGCAGGAGAUCAAGCGGUAGAGAGAGCCCUACCCAGGAGCUUGAUGCGCUCUUCCCACACUUCCCCUCCAUGGUUUCAGUGGACCAGACAACCGCGUCUUCGCCAUCGGGACACCUCACACACACCCCCAAGAACACAGCCCACCCCGAGAUCGGCCCCUGAUCUCUCAGGACCCCAGGAAGGUGAAGGGAGAUCGGUUGUUGGCGAUCCAGAAGGUACAUUACACUGCGAUAGCACCGAGGGAGAAUGCUCACAAAAUCCAGAAGAUACCUAUAAUGAGAGUGGUCAAGUGUCAGGAGGACCCAGAGAACUUCCACUGCAUCCUCUUCACUCGUGGCGAGAUACUUGUAAUGAGGAACAUCUGGCAGAGCUUAGGGCGAAAUGUCAGCAACUGAUACAGCAAUGCAUUGGUGGGCUGCUAUUGAACUUAACGCUUGAGCAGUUUAAAGAGGUUGAAGGAGCUCUCAGUCGAGCAGUUUGCUGGUACUUGACUUGUGAGAGGUACUGGGAAGCAGGUACCAUGGAACCACCAGAAUUCCCUUGGGGUCUACUCACAGCACUAGUUCUUCUUCUCACUCUUGGAGUAUCUCUUGCUUACUACAUAGUCUGGGUUCUUUGCGAGUCGCAGGAUGGAGGUGUUGUGACCACACCUGUCAGCGUCCAUGAGACCACCAACAUUCCAACUUUGAGGACAACCAGAGUCCGCCAUUCAGCCGCUACGGAAUCGGAGAGUGAAUGUCGUGACUCGGGGUUUAACGAGGGCCCUUUGUAUCCUGAUCCCAGUGAUGUCAGUCAUGUUUACACUGACUACGAUGGUCAGUCUUAUCGCUCUCGGCAUUACUCCGAAGACUCUCGUCUUUCAUGUCCACCAGAUGAGCAGGGACGAUCUUCCAAGUAUUACAUCUCAGAGGAGCGUAUGUUUAACUAUGCUACUACAUUCAUGCCCAACUAUGAACAGCGAAGAUUAAGACGAAAUCGAUACAACUACUUAGACGACUAUGACGACUACCAAGACUUCACGGAUCACGAUAAAUAUUAUGACACGACAAACCUUAAUCGUGAACCAAGCGAUAGCUUCAUAUAUGUAUCUUAUCCGCCAGAAGUGAAGAAAAGGUUUACAGAAAACAGGUGAUAAUAAGAAAUUUAAAAUGAACGUAGGCUUUUCAAAGGAGCAGAUUGUUCCGCUCUCCAUCUUCCAAGAGGUUGUUCGACAGUGCAUCGCUAUGACUUCAACAGGGAAAUUAUGACUUACCUCGGCCAUAGGUGAAUGCAGGUAUGGAGAAGAUUCCUUACAUUGCUUUUGAGAGCAAAGUCGGAAAUGUUCCACGAGGAUAGUUAAAAUGACGAGGAAAAUGUUAAAACUUUUCUAUUCAAUUUCAUCAUAUAUAUUCCAUGUAAUAAUACAUAGAGACAGGUCUCCUGCAUCUGUCUAGUGAUAAGUCUUGUUUAUUUAUCUCAUUAUGACUUCAUUUCAAGAAUAACUAGCAUUCCCAAGCAGAAUGUACCAAUUACUUAACCCAUUUCCUCCUUAGAUGAGCUGUUGAAAGGUAGGCGUACUUAUUUACUUGUGAUCUAUAGCAUUAAGACCUUCUCUCCACUAAAAAUAUUUGCUGCGGAUGAACUGAUGAUGAAAUGAGGUUUUCCUGAUGAGAAACCAAAGAAUUUUGUGGUCCAAGAUGAAAGAAAUUCGUGUUGAAAGUCAUGUUGGUAGGUUGUGAUGUAGACUGCACCUCUGCGCUUAAACGGAAGUGAAGUUUUAUUGCUGUGUUAAAAACGAAGAUACUUGCUGAUGUUCCUAUGGACCAAUGUACUGCUUCUCUCAUUUGAAAAGGAACAGGCAGCAUUAUACAGUUCCAUUUCUUAGGCUGACAAUAUUUUAGUGGCUUUGGCACAGUUUAUCGCUUGUCAAGAUUCUUUAUAUGAAAUGCAUCAGUUAAAAGAAGGAAUAAUAAUAAUAAUAAUGCAAGUUUCAGAGUUUCUGAUGCACCCCUUAAUUCUUAACAGGGGACAUUUAUCAUGUAGUAACCCCAGACUAACUGUACUAGAGACCUUUCAUAGCUAUCUGUAUCAGUUGAUUAGAUAACGCCUGUCUUAUUUAAAAAUCUCCAAGCCUAUCUCUCUCUCUCUCUCUCUCUCUCUCUCUCUCUCUCUCUCUCUCUCUCUCUCUCCAGACAUAUUUCUGGUCUGCAUCAGAAGUCAAUGUAAAAAUCAGCAGAUUUUCAGAAACUUGGCAUCCUCCAUGCACACCUAAGGAGUGAUGAUUAUGAAAGCCAAAUUAACAGAUCCUUUGAUACUGAAACUAUCUGACCUUUAAAAAAAGCACAGAAUAAGUUUUGCUGGUAGUUAAGGGCAUUACAAUAAGUUCUGCUGAUAGGUAAGGUUGUAUUUAGGGAAAAAUUAUUUUUGUAUUUGGUGGUACUCUGUCAUACGCAUGCUAUAUUUGCUCGAGUACAAAAUGUAGGUAACUCACGGUUGUGAACGUUUACAAUAGGGUAUAACAAUGAGGGAGAUUUUGGAAAGGCAGUGCUCCUGAAAAAUAAAAAUGGGUAACAUUCCUAAUACAACACACCUUUGGUAAGAAAGUAUUCAAUAACUGACUAGCAAAAAAUAAGCUAUUUUAUUGCAGAUAACGUUACAUUACCAGCACUUAGAACGAAUUAAAAACUGAAAAAUUGCAAAACCCUUGUUCGCUGUGUUUUGGUCAAGAAUGAACUAUGCAUAGGGAACACACUAAUUUAAUUCGAAGAAGAGGUUCUGCUGAUAAAUCAGUCUUACAGCCAGCAGGCUAGCUGAGAUGCUGUAGACAUCAUCAGUUGCUAUUCAGAGCUUUUAGUUGUUGGUGGUUGAAACCCACCUGCAGUGAUUCUUUGGUGAAGAAUAUGAACUUAAUUAAUGAGCGAGCCAUGGCUUUGGUCAGGCAUUAGUGUAAGGAUUUGGUAGGUUAAAUGGAUAUGGCUAUUUUCAUAAACUGUUAUAUAGUAAAGGGACAGUCUUCUGUCAAAUGCAAAUAUGGUUCAAACACAUGAAGUCUGCAUCAUCCUUUUGACUUUAUUUCUGGCUGACAGCAAAUGUCUCUGAGAACUUAUCGUACUUUUAGGUCUUGCUAAAUGAAACUAAUUAAUUAAUUCAUAACAGAAUCAUAGUUGAGAGAAGAGUGAAUAAUUUCUUAAGAUUUAGCAGAGUUUCUCAUGGUAAUUUGAAAUGUUGAUAUGAGAUUUAUUUCUGUGAAAUUGAAACUCUGUGAGAACUUACAAGGGUGAUAAUGUUUUCAAUGACCGACUUUAAACAAUGAUUUAUGACUGUCUAGUGGUGGUGCAGGUUCUUUUUUAGGUGGUUGAAACAUGUUGUGAUUCUGGCUGAAAGGCUCCCUACGUUGUUCUUACAAUUUCUCUUAUAUUUUCCUCACACAUAAAGAAAGUUUCUAAUUCCAAUAGUCUUGUUCUUAUGGUCCGUCCUCCCUCUCCCCUUUUGAAUAGAUUCCGCCACUGUUGUUGUAGGCUACUUCUUGUGCUUGUGCUGGAGUACUCAAGUAGUUAGUACGACCAUAAUUAGUCUCUAGAACAAAAGGCUUCCAGGUUUUGUGCUUCACUCACAGUACUAAAGCCUUUUAAUGCUGGUUGAUAUGUAGAGGCGAAAGCUUUGGUAGAGCUAAAAUGCACUGGUAUACUCAUAGAAGGCCUACUCAUUUUAUCCUUUUCUUUAGGCAAUCACAGUACCAGAAGAGCGGGAAAUUGUUUAGUUGAUUUUGACACUUUCUAAUUCUUGGGCGGAGUUGAUUCCACUGUCACUGCUUGGUGACCUGCAUUUGUGACUUCUUUGCUUUCACAAAAUAAGGCUUCUGUGCUAUUAGAAGAAUCUAUAAGUUUCUUUCAGCUGCACUCUGUGGGCUGGCUCUAUAUGAGACAAGACUUUGAGGGAGCAUAUUAGUUUGGAAGAAUUUAUCACUAACUUCAGUCUCUCUUAUAACUGUAUAGGGAGUCCAAGUAUGUCCUUUCAAGUGGCACUUCAGUGAAGUAGUUUUGAGGAAGUGAGAGGUACAUCUUUUAAUGGUACAAAUACGGUAACAUUCCCUUGUAAUUCUUGCAUUUUACUCCAUGCUCUAUGGUCAUUGGCCUAAUUUGUCUGAAGAACAUCUGUUGGACAGUGUGCAUAGAUUGGUAAUCACUGUCAUCAACACUGUAACUAUCUUCAAGAUCCUACUGUUGAUCAUAUCAAUGACAGAAGCUAUUCUUGUGAAGUGGAAACAGUUGAGCUAGUGAAAGGCAGUGAGUGCUCUUGGUUCGGUUUUGUGAAACAGAUUUGUUUUGUGAUGACAAGAAACGUAUAGAGUGCCCACAUCAUCAGACGUUGGUGAAACACUUGGUUUAAAUGAUGUGAAGGCAAAGAGCCUCGGAAAAUCGUCUUGUGGUGUCAGAAAAUGAACGAAGAAAUAGAAUUCAGUCGCCAGAUACACUUUAAUGUUGUGUUGUCUCAUGGAAUGUUGGGACAUGGAAAUAAGUUCCCGGUCAAUUAUCAUUUAGUUGUUUUUAUAUUUUUAUGGCUAAUUGACCUCAACAAUGUAUUCAAAGAACAAUAAAACAUACCAUAAAAGACACAACCAUUACCCGUACAGAGUAGAUGGCCUGGGGACACAGAGUCCUUACCCAGGACAGUGACAGAAGGCGUUGCCGUUGUGGCCUCCACCAUCUAUCUCAUCCUGUGCAAACGCAAGCAUACUUUCACGUGAUUUUAGUGCCACACGAAGUGAUGCAGGUGCAUUCAUAAACGUACCUCCAUUACUCAUGUACAUAGUGUUUAAACUUCAAACUGCCAGCUUAUAGAUGAUGUUUGAGACUAAAUAGGGUUUCCUUUUUUUUUUCUAUGCUGGGGGUUUAGAGCCUUGAUAUAUUUCAUAUGUUCGUUCUGUGAACUGCACAUGUACCUCACGUGCACUUAUGAUAAUGCCUUUGUAGUCACAGUUUUUAGUGGGCCCCCAAAAUAAGCACACUGACACACCUGUCUUCUUCUUUGAAUAAAUAAUUCGCCCUCAUCGACUUGAACUGUUGAACUUGAAUUCUGUUACUGUCAUUACACGAUUAGAUGUCUUAAGUGCUAAGGUCUGUUUUCAUGGUGUAAAAUAUAUAAAAGAACAAAUGUAUUUUAAAAUGAAAUUGGAGCUGUCGUCUCUAUCAAUAAAAGUUCCCAUUUGAGAGUAUUCAUAAAAAUAUGUAACAAUUAGACUAAGUAAAUAUGAAAUUUGAGAGUUUUCAUUUACAAAUUGAUUAAAUUAAAAACAGUUCCUUAAACAUUUAGAAUGAAGUGUUGGAUUUGUCUAUGCAAUAUUCAGCAUUUCAUUAUCAUAAAUAUCGAUAAAAGUCUUAAAUUGUACACAUACUACACACAAGUAUACGUAAAUAUGUGAUUGUACAUUUACGCAUGAACGUGUAUGGUAUUCAUAUAUAAAGUUUGAUUUAAAAUACAUAUCUGGUUGCGAAGCUUCGACCUGAAUCAUAGUGGCAUUUUAAUAACAUAAAUACAUUUGAUUAUAUGCGAUAUUUACUUAUAUGGAAACCUAAAGUUUAUCCUGUUUUUCAGCACACGAUUUGUUAUCAUUUUUCUACGUCCACGCAGCUUAAAACUCACGAAAUUUGAUCAUGUACUUCAUUACUAAUCAUGUCUGUUUUACGGUUGGAGAUCUCGCAUUAAUGGGAUCAAAAUACAUUUCGCAUUCUUUACAACACUGGAAACCUGAAAUUCCACUGUUAUAUAAUUAAAGUAAUUUAUUUCGAUAAACUUAAAGUCAUUUAUUUGUUGGGCCUCCACCGUGCGUUCAUAAAUCUCUUCGAAAUGUUUAAGAAGACCGACAAUGUUUACAUUCUACACAUUCACAACCACAAGAUAUCAAUCAUUACUGGAAACACUUCCCUUCACCGGAGGUUAACGUCUAGUAAUAGUAAACUGUUUGGUUGUGGCUAGUUCUGAGAACACUCUCAAGGCAGGUUUUAAUUUCGGGGAAUGCUCGUUCCUGUUCCUAACUUUGAUGCAGACCUCCAGUCUCGUGUUGGCGACGGUUCUCGCGUUGGGGCUGUUGGUGGGGGAGGUGUCGCCCCAGGGCUUCCAGAUCGACAGCAAUACCCUCCUUACCCUAGGCGCCGUCGCUGUCGCCAGCGGUCUGGCCUACCACGUCGGUCGCCAGCACGGUGUUAACGAGCAUGGUGGCGGUGGAACGAGGGGUGGCUUCCCCUUCUGGGGACGACGCCGCCGUCAGGCAGGACAGGACCCAUUGAACGAGCUCGACCCCUUGGUGACUGACCUUUUCCAUAUGGCCCUUGAAAAGGAUAGCAAAAAGUGCACCCUUCGGCUAGCCUGCGCCAUCGGCAAGAGACCCACCACCGUCCUUACAGGCAACGCAAAACAAUUUGAAAGCGUCCUCAGCAAUUCAAAGCGGUCUGAAAGCGAUCCUAAGGAAUCAAGAAGUGGAAUAGACGCUUACCAGGUGGCUCUCAACUUGGGCAGAGAUGGCGGGAACUGCGAGCAGCUGUUUCCAGAUUGCUCCAAUUCUUCAGGACAGCUGAUGGAUGCCUUCCAGAGCACGGUGUCUGUAAAGAACUGAAUGAUAUUGUCUUGAGAGAAACAUCGUUUGAUUGUUGUGUUAGGAAAGAAGAGGCUUUAUGUCGGUAGUGGUAAUCAGUAACUUUCUGCCAAAAAUAAAGCUUCCGUUGCUGAGGUCGUAUGGUUGUAUCAUAUUAAACUGAAGAGUUUUAAAGAUGACAGAUUCAGAUGGGAGAAAAACUUUGUCUUAGUCUCGACAUCAUUUUCAUGAUUUUAUUACUGAUGAAUGCCAUAAUUUGUAAUGGCAUCGUCACAUGUAAUGAUCAGAACAUCGUCUGUCACCAAGGACAUGAAACAUGUUUUUUCUGUCAUGUCUCAGGCUUAAAGAAGUAUUAUGAUCUUUUUCAAGAGACCGGGGCUUUGCCGUAUCGUUUAGGUCUAAGAUACAGUUCAUCCUGAAAGUCAUUAAAUGUAUUAAAUUUUAUAUAUGGUCCUAUAAACUUCUUUGUAUAGAUUACUUCGAAAACGUCCGUCUCAUUUGUGAAUUAAUGUUAUUUAUGAUAAUUGUAAAUAUUUAUAUACAUGAACAACUUAUCGAAGAAUGUGUAGUCUUUAUUUUUACCUGGAGCGAGAAUUUCCAACUAAUAUGGAGGCACUCACUCACACAUAAAUGUAUACAUGAUUGGGUUUUGUUGUUUCCAGCGCUAUCAAGGUCUAUAGAAUAUCUCGAUAGACCUUGAGCGGUAUGACACCCAUAACUUUAUUUAAAGCACUUUUAUGAAAAUUUAUGUAAGGUUAAGUAUUCCACAUUUCAUUCUU